AAGCUGGGGGAGGGGGGCGGCAACGCUUUGCGAAAUGUCAGCGAAUCAAGCAUCAGAUAACAUGCUGCUCUCGCAUCACUAGCUACUCACGAACAUCAGCACAGACAGCUUCACCCUCAUUUCUAGCCGACCUAAGAUCGUGAAACAGCAACACGUGACCAUGAAACACUUUUCGCAUCAGCUCUCUCAAAAGCAAGAUAUCGAGUCAGAGGAGGCUGUCACAGCUACUCAACCCCGUCUCUCACGUCGGCUUUCCACCACGACAAAUGUUAGAUAGGGUGAUAAUCUCGUCAGUGUCAGCGCCGGGGAGUCGAUCAGCGUCGAGGGAUCGAGAGCCGAAGGAGUGCUUUCUGUUCUCUAAAAGCAUGGACAUGGGCCAUGAUAGAACGGCAUUCUUCAAUGCUCGUCCUAGCAUCGACCUGGAUCUGGAGUCGCGAGAUGGAUCUUUUGACUUGGAGGCUAUGAUGCGAGAUGAGGAGGGACUGAUUCCAGGAUCGCACGUCAACAAGCGCUCGAGAUCGUUGUUUUCUUGUCUGGAGGAGUCGCCGAUUAUCCAGACGCUGCUGUCGUAUCCUGCUCCGGACUCACUGAAGAUUAAACCGACUUCUUGGCUUGAUGGCGUGAGGGGAAUCGCGGCAUUGGAGGUGUAUGUUUUCCAUACCAUUAGCUGCUGGCAUACGAUAUUUCCAGCUUGGCAUGCUGAGCCGGAUCAGACCAACAUCUUGCAGCUGCCUGCGUUGCGGACAUUCUUUGAUUCUGGAGGAGCCUCAGUUUGCGUCUUCUUUGUGCUGUCUGGAUACGUCCUGACGUACCGAUCUCUCCGGUGGAUACGAGCCGGUUCAAGGCAGCUUGUAUAUCCAUCAGUCGCUUCAUCCAUGUUCCGUCGAGGAUUCAGACUGUACCUUCCACCUAUCCUCCUGACGUUUUGCGAAAUGAUCGCGACACGGUUUGGAUACGCUCCUCCACUAAACUUCACAUUCUUAGCCGAAUCUACAGCAUGGGCUCAAUUUCUGGACUGGAUAAAAGAGACCAACUACCUAGUCAACCCGUUCUACAAUUUCAAUACCGCAAUCCAAGGAUUCGUCAUCCAUCCCAAAUAUGACCCUGUGAUCUGGACCAUCCCGCUGGAAUUCUACGGCUCUUUCAUCGUGUAUUUCCUCCUCCUGCUACUCGCGCGCGUUCCUAGCAAUGCGACAAGAAUGGUAUUAGUGGCCAUAUUCGCAGCAGUUUGCAUGUACCUCGGAGCUUGGAACGGAUUCUGCUUUUCGACCGGAAUGCUUCUAGCGGAUUUUAACCUUGCACAGGAAGACAACGGCGCGAGUCCAUUAUCGACCCAACGAUGGCAGUGCGCCGUGCUGUGGAAGAUUUUGUUUGCAGUUGCAUUCUACAUCGCUGGUUUCCCAACACUCUCGUAUCCAGAAGCUCAUGUGCUGCCGAUGGUAGGGUACGAGACUUUACGAUCCAGCAUCCCCAUGACCUUGAACAUGGAAGACCAUUCGAGGUUCUGGUGGUCGAUAUCUGGGCUCACAAUGCUACUCUGCACGUCUCAACUCCCCUCAUUUAAGAGUUUCUUCGAGACGAAUAUUUGUCAGUAUCUCGGCAAGAUCGCGUUCUCACUGUACCUAGUACAUCAGUUCUGCGUGAUGCUCUUUGGAUUUGUGAUGCAGCGGUUCCUACUUGGGCUGUUUGGGCUGGUGCAGAAUCAGGGCGGUUUCUGGUACUGGCUUGUUUGUGUGAUUUGGUAUGUGCCGUUUACCACGGUUGUAUUUGCUAUAGCGGCACAGGUGGAAAGGUUGGUAGAUGCGCCGAGUGUAAGGUUUGCGAAGUGGUUGGAGGAGAGGUGUUUGGCGAUUUAUAAGGAUUUAUCUUGAAACCUAGAAAUUAGGUACAGAGACAUUGGUCAAGUGAAAAUAUGUGAUAUCUUCAUAACCUCA